AUGGAAGGCAGCAGCAACUCCAGAGGUCAGGCGGCAGCGCGGAGAGCCCGAGUGGUGGGCCUCCACUUGCACGCCUCUGCGAUGGAUGCCGCCCCGCUUCGGUUGCCUCUUCACACACACUACACUUCGUCCUCGUCCUCGUCGUCAUCAUCAUCUUUGCCUCCGGUGGUGUCGACAGUUUUGUCGGCCUACGAGGAGACGGAGGUGGUGGUGAUCGGGGCGGGCAUCGCUGGCAGCGCCCUCGCCCACGCCCUCGGCACCGACGGCCGCCGGGUGGUGCUCAUCGAACGCGACCUCCGCGAACCCAACCGCAUCGUCGGCGAGCUCCUCCAGCCCGGCGGCCUCUCUGCCCUCCGCAACCUCGGCCUCGGCGCGUGCGUGGAGGGGAUCGACGGGGUAGAGGUGAAGGGCUACGCGGUGAUGUCGGGUCCGGAGGGGAGCGAGGGCGUGGCCCUCCCCUACCCCGAGCCCGACGGGGAGACCGUGCGGGGCGUGUCCUUCCACCACGGCCGCUUCGUCAUGCAGCUCCGCCGCGCCGCCGCCCGCGCCCCCAACGUGAAGGUGGUGGAGGGCACGGUGACGAAGCUCAUCAAGGAGAUGCGCCACGGUCAGGAGACUGUGGUCGGCGUUGAGUACAAGGCCAAGGACGGCCUCAAGCAAGUGCGGUCGGCGCUGACGGUGGUGUGCGAUGGAUGCUUCUCGCGCUUCCGGGACCAGCUCGAGGAGGCCACCCCGCGCAACGUCUCCAAGUUCGUGGGCGUCCUCAUGAAUGGCGCACCGCUGAUGCAUGCCAACCACGGCCACGUGUUCCUGAUCGAGCCGGCGCCGGCCCUGGCCUAUCAGAUUUCCUCCGAGGACACGCGCAUGCUCAUCGACAUCCCCGUCGACACGCCCGGCACCUCCGCCAAGGAGCUGCCUAACUACCUGCGAAGGGUGACCGCGCCCCAGCUGCCGCCGGUGGUGCGGGCCGCCUUCCUGGAGGCCCUCGACAACGGCCAGAUCCGGUCGAUGCCCAACUCGAAGCUGCACCCGCGUCCGUUCCGGUGGCCCAACGGUGCCAUUUUCGUGGGCGACUGCUACAACAUGCGUCACCCGCUCACGGGCGGCGGCAUGUCGGUGGCCUUCAACGACGUCGUCAUCCUCCGCGAUACCCUCCGCCACAUCAAGGACUUGGCGAACGCGAGGGCGGUGGCGAGCGCGAUCAAGGAGUGGCACUCCCUGCGCUACCCGACGGCCUCCACGGUCAACAUCCUCUCCUACUGCCUUUACACUCUCUUCGCCUCGGGCCCCGGUACCACGCUGGGUCCCAUGCGAGAGGCCUGCAUGGGGUACUUCAAGCUGGGCGGCAUCUGCGCCUCCGGACCCAUGAACCUCCUCGCCAUCACCAAGGCCAAGCCGUGGAUUCUGAUGACCCACUUCUUCAUGGUGGCCCUCUACGGCACCGCCUACGCUCUCGCCCCCUUCCCCUCCCCCGCUCGCGUGUGGGGUGCGUUGAAGGUGCUGUUGGCGGCGAGCGGGGUGUUCUUCCCGGUGGCCAAGGAGGAGCAGAUGUUUUCGUUCCUCUUCAACCACGUCCUCACCCUCCCCUACUACCCGCUCCUGCCCCACCCCUCCUCGCCCUUCACCCCCGGACCCUACCCGCUCGGCCUCGGCUUCUGA